UCUCUAGACAUCUAACAAGUUGAUAUUUUACAGGUGAACUAGGAAUGGUCUCUCCUCUGAACGCUUCGACUCUGGGGUCAAUGGUGCAAAGAGGUUAAAGGUCAUAUUUUUCAAAAAUGCUGGCAUCCCUCUACUGAGGGCCCUCUAGUUUUUUUUUUAUUUGAUUUUGAUUGGGAAGUUUGGUAAAAAUGCAAGGUUUUCAACUGGAGAAGAGCAACAAUUUUAGGAAGGCACAAUAAAAGUUCACAGUUUACAGACUUGUCAUAUUUUGUACAUAGAAAAUGAACUGUUUCAUUUAGGAGAGGGUUGAUUCACUGAGGUUUGCCAACAUUAUAAAAUCGUACUUAAACAAUAAAAAUUAUUCAGUUGACUCAGCUUUUCUUUCUUUUAUUUUUUUCAGUAAAAAAGGAUUUUACUAAUCCGUUUUUCAGGUCGCUGCCCUUUUCUCUCUCUCUCUCUUUUUUUGUGCUUUUUUCCUCACUCUCUCUCUCACUAGGUGUUGGCCUUCAGUGGAACAGAAACCACACGCCUUCCCGGAUGAGACAACACUAAUGAGUCUUCUGGCUGAGGGUUACCAGAAGGCCAACUAAGGUUUUACUUUGGGAAAAAAAAAAAAAAAAAAGCCCAUCCUCUUUUGCACCACAGCUGCACAGAUCGCCUAUUGUCCACAUCACUGCCUCUUCCUCGGCUCCUCCCUUUUCUUCUUUUUUUUUUUUAACUCCCUGCUUCACACCUGCCUGUGAACUCUCCUCUGUAGUUGACGGGGCGCGGUCCCGAGGGUGGAGUCCACCGCGGCGGCUGCUCUGGGAACAUUCAACCCAUCUGCAUACUUGGCACAGCCGCUGCGUUCGUUUGCUGCACUUCUCCUCCGGGCUUUGAACUUUCUGGAGUGCUCCGACUUUGGAAAGUAAAAAAAAAAAAAAAAGAUCCACACCGUUCAGCUAACGAGGGGGCACCGACUCGCUGAAGAUGAUGGCUCCGGAGCCGCUGCGAUCGGCGAUGACCAUCGGGGUCUCGGAGGACACGUCGCUCGCGCUGCCCUCCGACAACAAGCUGCGCACGGGACAGCAGCGCGUGCUGGAUCAGGUCCACACGAUAAAGAGGAGCAAGUCCAAACAGGGGAAGAACGGCAACCUGUCUCCGUCUCCUACAAGCCUGAGUCCACAGACUUUGACAACAUACACCGAGUUUGGAACAUUCAGGUUUUUACCUUCCAAAAUGAAUGGCACCACCAGCCGCUCCAACUCCACCACGUCAGCCGGCUUCAACAAAUCGAUGAAUGUUCAGAAGAGUCGUACUCUAUCCACUAAAACCAUGGGAGGAAGAUAUUUCAGCACCUCGGGCACAUGGGAAAAUCAAAUCAACUCUUCCAACUGGCCCCAGGGUCCCAACGGGUUGAAACCGAGUCGCAGUGACCCUGCCUUGGCUCCAGCUUUUACUGCUGCCCCUGCGCCUGUCAUGAGAGCCAAAGGACAGACGGCCCAGAGCCAGACCACCCUUCUGACCCGAACAAAUAGACAAAGCACGUCUUCAAUGGCCAAUGGCAUUAAGAUGACCAGCAGCCAGACACGCAUGCAGCGGCCACCCUCGACCAAUUCUCAUAACGAGGGCAGAAUGAGUAUGAUCAAAACAUCCAACAUUGAGCAGAAAUCUGCGGUGAACACCGCAACUAACAUGUCAGACAUGACCCUAAAGGAGGCCGUAGAGUUCCUGUCUCACCCUGAGGAGAAUUACCAACAGUGUGGAGCCACCUUCAUCCAACACACCACCUUCAACGAGGAGCGCACCAAACCGGAGGUUUUACAGCUAGGGGGUAUUCCUCUUCUGGUGACCCUACUGCGAAGCCCUAACCCAGGAGUCAACCAGGCAGCUGCUGGGGCUCUGAGGAACCUGGUGUUCAAGGACCAGAAUAACAAGCUUGAGGUUCAGCACUGUGGUGGUAUAGCUAAGGCCUUGCAGCUGCUGAAGGAGACAGAUUCGACUGAGACACAGAAACAAAUCACUGGCCUGCUGUGGAACCUUUCCUCCACCGAUGAGCUGAAGGAAGAACUUAUUGCUACGGCACUGCCUGCCCUGACAGAGAAUGUGGUGAAGCCUUUCACUUGUUGGUCAGACAGCAGCGCCAACAACCACGUCGAUCCUAGUGUCUUCUACUGCGCCACAGGAUGCCUGAGAAACCUGAGCUCCGGCUCCGAGAGUGAGAGGAAGGCAAUGAGAGAGUGUCCCGGUCUCAUCGACUCCCUCAUGAGUUACAUCCAGUCCUGUGUGGCAGAGGAAAACCCUGAUGACAAGUCUGUGGAGAACUGCACCUGCAUCCUCCAUAACCUGACCUACCAACUGGAGCGUGAAUGCCCUGAAAGUUUCAGCGACUUAUGCCCUCAGAAAGGGGCCCAACUUGAGAAUAAGAAAAGUCCCACAAUCGGAUGCUUCAGCCCUAAAAGCAGCAAGGCUCAAAAGGAGUUUUCUUAUGAUGUUGCUCGAGGAAUGCCACAGGACAGCACGCCAUCAGGUGUCAAGUGGCUGUGCCAUCCUAAAGCUAUGGAGGCCUACCUGUCUCUGCUGGGCUCGUCCCAGAAAGACGCCACCUUAGAGGCCUCCUGUGGCGCUCUGCAGAACCUGACUGCUAGCAGGGGCCUGGGUUCCAGUAUUGUGAGCCAGAUUCUAGUUAAUAAGUUCAGGGCUCUGUAUUACAUUACCCCUCUGUUAAAGUCGCCUAACCACACCCUCCAGAAGACUGCUAUGUCCCUGCUGGGCAACAUGUCUCGGUCAGGCGGUUUGCAGAACAACAUGGCAAAGUAUGUUUUGCCUGAGCUCUCCGGCCUGCUCACAGCUGGCCCCCGGGAAAUGGGAAACUCAGACGAAAGCAUAUCAGCAGCUUGCAGCACAGUGCAAAGACUGAUCUCGUCAGACAAUGAGCUCAGCAAGAAGGUCAUCACUAAACAACUGGUCGAUUCACUGGCUGACCUCAGUGAGAAUGAGUCUCUUCCCAAAGCCAGUAAAGCAGCCUCGCUGCUGCUGUACAGCUUGUGGAAUGAGAAGAAUCUACAGGGUCUUGUGAAAAAGCUGGGGAUCAACAAAUCCCUCUUUGUCAAUGACGUCACCACAGCAGUACACCAGGCGGCGCAGGUUAUCGAGUGAAUGUGAUCGACAAGUGAAGCGGCAGCAUACAGCCAGAAAGGUGAACACCAGCAUGUUCAGACACUGCUUUGGCCACGCCCUUUCAACGAAGGCAGGAAAAUUACCCUCUUCAUUAACAACACUGUUGAGAGAGUGCAUCAAUUAUGAGUCAAGCAUACAUUGUACAUACUUUAGAGAAAACACAGCUUUUAGUUUCGUGCAUAAUCCUGCGGUGCAUGUAUUUAAUCUGGAUAUGUUUCUGUCUGUGUAUAUAGAUGGGUGACUGUUUUAGUUAGGUUAAGUGUGUAUGUAUGUGUGUGCGUGUGUGUGUGUGUGUGUGUCUGCUGAAACCCAGUUCUGAUGGCCUGCGAGCCACAGUACACCGGACGAUGUGGACAGACAAGUGUUACCGGCGUUGGAAUGUUACUUGCAGUGAUUGUUCAGAUGUAUGAAUGCCAUCACUGUCCCAUUUGUCCGUGUCCAACAGCUAAAAGAUCAAAUCUAUUGCGGUCUUGAAAACUGUGCAGCCAAAAAUGAAAGAGAAUUCUAUGAAAUGCUAAAAAGGGUUUACAAAAAAAAAAGAAAAGAAAAGAAAAAAAGACUGUGUGAAUUUGUGAUGUUAUUGCUGAUGAAAAAUGGCUGAUCUAAACAAUGUGUUCUUUUUCUUUGUUUUAAAGACAAAUAAUAUAAAAAUCCCCUUUGUUUAGUUUUUUUUUGGUCUCAUCUAGUUUGCUUUGUUGAAGUUAACAGAUUUUUUUAAACAUUAUAUACAUGUUUUAUAUAAAGGCCUGAGAAAACUCUCAGCUCAGCAAAAAAAAAUAAAUAAAAAAAGCUUUGAUUUGCAAGGCUCGUGUACAAGUGCUACAUUUCUAAUGUUUAAUGCAAUUUUAUUUUAUAAAAAAAAUAAAGCAGCAAGAGUGCCUGAAAAGUUCAACAUUUGGAAAAUUGCUCACUUGCUUUCUUCGUGUCUGUAAGUUGAAUAUUAAACAGCCAGUUAGACUAGCAAGACUGGAAACAUUCAGAAACAGCGCAACUCUUUUCAAAGAUGUUUUCAAGAUAACAACAUCUGCCUCCCUGCACCUCUAAAGCUUAUUGAAUAACACAUUGUGUCUUGAUCAUUUAAACAGAAGCAUUAAACCAGUACUCUGUGGUUUCACUGGGUUUAUAUGACAUGUGAAACCACAAUUUAUCCUUCUUACACUUUUUUUUUUUGGUGAAAAAAUGACAUAUAACAUGAAAAUAUGUUUCCUUUGUAUUAAUUCUUGUGUCAUGUUUCCAGUCGUUGUGCUUAAAUAACAAACUGCUGGCAGUAGCUUCACAUUAAGUGAUAAAGUAAAGAGUGGUGUCCAACGUCUCUUGUAGCUCUUGGCAAGUUAGCGAAUAAGCAUAUUCCUUAUAUUCAAUAUUGAACUCUUCUUUUUAACCAGCACCUUGUUUUGUCAAAAACUGGCCUAAUUGUAUAAAUUGUGUGUUAUGUUUUGUUGUUUGUUUUCCAUUAUUGUUUUUAUUCUUGCAUAAAGUUGGAGACGAGGAACGACCUGAAUGUAAUACAUGAUGUGUGGGCGCACAUGAUCACACUGAUCACAUUCCCUGUGAUUAACUAUGUGUAGACAUUUGGAGCAACAGUGAAUAUUCAGUCAGCUCAAUCGACUCUCUGUGCUCUCUGUUAGUGUUAAAGGAGAAUGACAGUAUAUAUCAGCCUGGCAUGUUCCCCUGAUUCAGAGGAACACCUUUUGGUUGACCCAAUUACCUUAAAUCCCUGCAGGUUUCUAAGUAAAGCUAAUUUUUUUUUUACAUGAAUCAUUUUAUUAAUUUGUUCAAAGCACAGAAUUAAUUUGUUUAUAGCACAGAAUUUGUCACCUGGAACAACCAUUUUGCUAAUGCAUCUCUACAACGGAGGUAAAGAGUGCAACAUUAGCAUGACACUUAAAACCACAAAAGCCACAUUAAAUGGGAAAUAUGUCGGCAUGAAGUAUGGAAGCAUUCUUUGAUCUAUUUCAGCUGAAUGCUAUGGAGAUAAUGAAGGGGCUGUGCCCGCCAACUUAAGUCUAAUGAAUUAUGACCUUUGUGUGGCGCCUCAGGCAGAGGAGCUGCACAUUGAAAUAUAGAACGUGUAACAGAAGUUGUUUAAAACACACAAAACCAAUCAACAGUCUUUCUUUUAGAAAACAGGUUUUUAGGUCUUCCUUGAAUCACAAAUCACUAAAACAUCACUGCCAUGAGACAAGGUGUUUGGCAACUGCUGGGAUUUCCCACGGCCCCAUGAUACAAUUCAGUGGACUGUUUUUAUGCUUGAGACAUAGUUGUGCAGAUGUUCAAUCGCCGCGGGGAGGAUUGAUCAUGUCCGUAUUGCUUGGAAGGCAUUUUUGGAGAAAUAUGCGUGUGGUUUAUAAUUAAGAGCAUUCACUGUCACUCAGUCUGUACGUAAAAUAAAAAACAAAUAUGCAGA